GAAUUUAAAAGAUUGAAGUUCAUCAACUUCCAUAAUUGCCAGUCGCUGGUUUGUAUGCCAGACAUCAAUGGUACUCCAUAUCUAGAGAAAUUGGAUCUUAGUUGGUGCAAAAACUUGGAGUGUGCCCACGAAUCAAUUGCAUAUCAUGGCAAUUUGCAAUUUUUGAAUUUGAGUAGGUGCUCUAAACUUCAUCAUUUCCCCAAUGUACUCCGGUCCAAGAAUCUUCAAUUUCUUGAUCUCAAUUUUUGCACAAAAUUGCAAAGAUUCCCUGAUAUUCCAGAUAAAAUUGGAGGCUUGCGUGAACUUUAUUUAGAGGAUACUUCAAUUGAGGAACUUUCUGCAUCCAUAGAAAAUCUUGUCUCAUUGGAAAUUAUGGAUUUAACGAAUUGCAAGAAACUGGCAAUCCUUCCUUCUAGCAUUUACAAGUUGAACAAUCUUGGAGGUUUGUACCUCAGUGGCUGCUCAAAACUAACCAAGUUUCCAAAGAAGGAGGAGGACUUGUGUGGUCCCCACAUGAAGACGGGAUUUAGUAAGUUACGGAUCCUAUCACUUGAUGGAUGCAAUCUAUCAGAAGUGGAAUUUCUACAAAAUCCUUCAUGUUUUCCUAAGUUAUCUUCAUUGGAUGUUUCAUAUUGCCAAGAACUAAAAGAGAUCCACAAUAUUCCACUGCAAUUGAUUCGACUGUCGGCAAAAGAUUGCAAAUCUCUAAGUAAAAUUCCCUCCAACAUACCUCAUGCUCAGUAUGUUUACUUAAAUUCAUGUCAUGAAUUGUUAAGUGGAUUGACCAUGAAUGAUUUGUUCAACCCUCAGCAUUUUAAUCCCGAAGAGCAUUAUAAUUAUACUGGUAGCUGCGAAUUUCUUCUACCUGGAGGAGAGAUGCCACAGUGGUUACUCCCUAAUGAAAAUGGUUAUAUAUCUUUCACGGCUUCAAAGGACUUAUUUAAGAAGAUCGUAGCGUUAGUUAUCUGUGUUGUAGUCUGCAAAGAUGAACGAAUAGAGGGUUUCGAGUUGUGGCUAUAUGCACUCGUUAAUGGCAAAAUGAGGACGGGUUUUAUGACCUCUGUCACUUCAUCAUUGUUGGAUCAUGUGUGCCUUCGGGUUUACGAAGUACCGCAGCUUUGGGGAGGACUAGAAUAUGCCUUUGGUGCAGAUGACAGGAGUCAAUUCCAUAUUAUGAUUAAAGCAGAAUCGGUUGGUACAAUUGUGAAAAAGUGUGGAUUCCGCCUACUGUGCAAGCCACUAGAGAAUGAUUUGAAGAUUUUGCUUGAAGAUGAUCAAUUGAUGGAUCCAGAUAUAAUUUAUGAGAUUCAAAAUGACGGUUAUCAAAGCAUUAAAAAUGAGGGAUACAGAUUAACCAUGUCACUCCAAGAAUGGAUGGACGAAUUCACAGUAGAGAAGUGGCGUUAUUCCUUAAUUCAUCCUUAUCUCCGAAUUGUUCGCCCUGGAGGAGAGAUGCCAAAAGACUUCGUCCUUGCCAAAGAUAGUACCAUAUCUUUCAUGGCUUCGCAGGAAUUCUUUGACAAGUUUCGAGGAUUGGCUCUCUGUGUUGUUUUCGGUGUAGAAGAUGGAGAAAAGGAAAUAUCUUUCGACAUCGUGCCACAUGUUCAUGGCCAAAGGGGGAAUGUGCUAUCAGGUACUCUCGGUUCAUUUGAUUCAGAUCAUGUGUGGAUUCAGUAUCUCCGAUCAAAUGUGUUAUGGGGAGUGUUGGAGGGAGGAGUUGAUUUUGGGCAAUUUAACGAGAGUUAUUUACAAUUUAGCAUUAAACUUAGAGUAUCGGGUGGAACCGUGAAAAGGUUGGGAUAUAUGCUAAGAUGCACACCACUGGAGAAAGAUUUAAAGGUAAUGCUUGAAGACAAUCAAUUAGUGGAUCCAGCUGUACUUUACGAGGAUGGCGAUGGAUGUCCACGUAGAAUCGCAGCAAACUUCAUGCGCAGAUUCAGAGAGAGAGAAACAGGAAGCCAGUAAGAGUGGAACAGAGUAAAUGGGAAGAGGCGAGUGCAAUAUGAGUUGGCUUGCAGAUGUUAAGGAAGCAAUCAUUAAGCCAGCAAAACAAAUUCGGGGUGGCACAUGUUUCCUGAUACCCUAGGACAUCUGUGUCCUUGUUGAAGUAGUAGAUGGCAUUCAGUUCAAUCUCUCAUGUGAGAUUCAGAUAUAUGCAAAUAGAUAGAUGGUGAUUUUGCACACAACAUUCAUCGCAAGUGUGGUCGUUUUCAAAUAUUUUCUUGUCAAUCGGAUUGUGAUCUCAUUGAUAAGUGUCAUAUUUUGCGCAACAUGUUUUGUUACAUAUCAUUUACUAAAUUCAACGAUGUUAGCGCAUCCUUGGAAUAGUCUCAACUCGAGACAUAUUCUACU